AUGAAUGAAGAAGUUGAAGAUCAUGACAUCAAUGAAGAUUACAAUAGUGAUGAAUUGGAUUCAAAUGUAAAUAGUGAUGAGGAUGUGAGGUUGAAAAAGGGAAACUUUAAAAAGUAUAGAAAAGAUGAUAUGAACAAGAACUUCAGAUUCGAAUUGGGGAUUGAGUUUUGUUCAUUAAAGGAAUUUAAAAAUGCACUAAUGGAACAUAGUGUAUUAAAUGGAAAAGAGGUUAAGUUUGUGAAUAAUGACCUGAACAGAGUAAGGGCAGUUUGUAAAAACAAGUGUGGUUUUCUUAUUAUGGCUAGCAAGGUAGGAGGCAAGCAAACAUUUAGGGUCAAAACCUUGGUUGGACGACACAGUUGGGGAAGGGUUUUUGGAAACAAAAGUGCAAAUGUAAGCUGGAUUGCACAAGUAUUAGUAGACAGGUUUGUAAAUGUGGCUAACAUGACAGUCAAUCAAAUCAUUGAUGACAUUAAGAAGUCAUUCAGUGUUGGAAUAACUGCUUGGAAAGCUGGAAAGGCCAAACAAAUUGCUUUGGAUUCUUUUGUUGGUGAUGGAGAACGACAAUAUGGUCGUCUAUAUGAUUAUGUGGGUGAAUUGCUAAGAGUGAAGUCUAGAACCUUUAAAAUUAAAGUGAAUCAACCCCAACCAAGUUUGCCACCAAGAUUUGGGUCAUUUUAUAUGUGUUUAGAGGGUUGUAAGCAAGGCUUCUUAGGAAGUUGCAGGCCCUUCAUAGGGGUAGAUGGUUGUCAUCUGAAGACAACAUAUGGUGGUCAGUUGUUGGUGGCAGUGGGCAGAGAUCCCAAUGACCAAUAUUUUCCACUAGCUUUUGUUGUAGUUGAAAAUGAAUGCAAAGAAAGCUGGAGAUGGUUUUUGACACUACUUCUGGAUGAUAUUGGUGGCAUUGAUUGUCAAUGUUGGGUUUUCAUUUCUGAUCAACAAAAGUUAUUUUCAUUUUAA